GCCAGGGAGCACGCAUUGCUCUUUUAAACUCCACGGCACCAGAGAUGAAGUCACCUUUCUGCUUUUAAAACCAACAGAUCUGCCCUGUAAGUCUCUGUCACUUCUGCUAGAACUUGGUAUUUUUCCCACUGUUGAUCACCAGGACCUUCUCUCAGGAUAUUCCAUUUGAUCUGAGAGCUGCUCAUACAAAAGACUUGCUGGAAGCAUGGACCUCAGUGAAAAAUGUCCUUUGGAGGACGGAACCUGGUUGCCCCAUGCUGGAAUGCAUCACUUUGCCAACACCACAGGGGACAGUGAGUUUGGGGAAGCCCCUCUCGCACCCUACAGCCCGGAGGAGUUAGGUCCCCCUCCUGUUUGUUACAGUCCCAGGAGUCCUGUGCCGGUUCUAGAAGACCCCAGCCACUUUUUCCCAGAUUUUCAGCUCUACUCUGGGAGGCAUGAAGCAUCUGUUCUGACAGUGGAGGCAAGCAGCGGCUUCCAGGAAAAAGUUGCUGAGGAUCCUCUUUGUAACUUCCACUCCCCGAGCUUCCUGAGGGUCUCAGAGGUGGAAAUGAGAGGUUCCGAGGAUGCGGCAGCUGGAACAGUAUUGCAGCGGCUGAUCCAGGAACAACUGCGGUAUGGCACCCCGACCGAGAACAUGAACUUGCUGGCCAUUCAGCACCAGGCCACAGGGAGUGCAGGACCAGCCCACCCUACAAACAACUUUUCUUCCACGGAAAACCUCACUCAAGAAGACCCACAAAUGGUCUACCAGUCGGCACGCCAGGAACCGCAGGGUCAAGAACACCAGGUGGACAACACGGUGAUGGAGAAACAGGUCCGGGCGGCGCAGCCCCAGCAGAACAACGAGGAACUGCCCACGUACGAGGAGGCCAAGGCGCAGUCUCAGUUCUUCAGGGGCCAGCAGCCGCAGCAGCCGCAGCAGCCGGGGGCCGGGGGCCACGGUCACUACAUGGCCGGGGGCGCCAGUCAGAAGUCGCGGACCGAGGGGAGGCCCACGGUGAGCCGUGCCAAUAGUGGACAGGCGCACAAAGACGAGGCGCUCAAGGAACUGAAACAGGGCCACGUCCGCUCUCUCAGCGAGAGAAUCAUGCAGCUGUCACUGGAGCGGAAUGGUGCCAAGCAGCACCUCCCCGGCUCAGGGAAUGGAAAGGGGUUCAAGGCAGGAGGGGGACCCUGCCCAGCCCAGCCUGCAGGCAAAGUGCUGGACCCCCGGGGUCCUCCACCCGAGUACCCCUUCAAGACCAAGCAAAUGAUGUCCCCAGUCAGCAAAACCCAGGAGCACGGACUUUUCUACAGCGACCAGCACCCUGGGAUGCUCCACGAGAUGGUCAAGCCUUACCCUGCCCCUCAGCCUGCGAGAACGGAAGUGGCCGUCCUGAGGUACCAGCCGCCCCCAGAGUAUGGGGUAACAAGCCGCCCAUGCCAGCUUCCUUUCCCGUCGACGGUGCAGCAGCACUGCCCGAUGUCCUCCCAGAACUCCUCGGCCAGCGGGCCGCUGCACUCCGUGUCCCUGCCGCUGCCGCUUCCUGUGACCCUGGCGGUGGCACAGCCCCCGCCCGCCGCCUCCCCCAGCCAGCAGCUCGGGCCAGAUGCAUUCGCGAUUGUGGAGCGAGCCCAGCAGAUGGUGGAGAUACUAACAGAGGAGAACCGCGUGCUUCACCAGGAACUUCAGGGCUACUAUGACAGUGCCGACAAGCUCCACAAGUUUGAGAAAGAACUUCACAGGAUUUCAGAAGCCUAUGAGAGCCUGGUCAAGUCCACCACCAAGCGAGAGUCCCUGGACAAGGCGAUGCGAAACAAGCUGGAAGGCGAGAUUCGUAGACUCCACGAUUUCAACAGAGACCUCCGAGAUCGACUGGAAACCGCCAACAGGCAGCUGUCCAGCAGAGAAUACGACGGGCAUGAAGACAGAGCUGCCGAGGGGCUUUAUGCUUCCCAGAACAAAGAAUUCUUGAAGGAAAAGGAGAAGUUAGAAAUGGAGUUAGCGGCAGUGCGGACUGCGAGCGAGGACCACCGGAGACACAUUGAGAUCCUGGACCAGGCUCUGAGCAACGCCCAGGCCAGGGUCAUCAAGCUGGAAGAGGAGCUAAGAGAGAAGCAAGCAUAUGUCGAGAAAGUUGAGAAGCUGCAGCAGGCCCUGACCCAGCUUCAGUCUGCGUGUGAGAAGCGAGAGCAGAUGGAGCGGAGGCUGCGGACCUGGUUGGAGAGGGAGCUGGAUGCCCUGAGAACCCAGCAGAAACAUGGAAAUGGCCAGCCCGCCAGCAUGCCAGAAUACAAUGCCCCAGCCCUCAUGGAACUCGUGAGGGAGAAGGAGGAGCGGAUCCUGGCCCUGGAGGCCGACAUGACCAAGUGGGAGCAGAAGUACCUGGAGGAGAGCGCCAUCCGGCACUUCGCCAUGAAUGCCGCGGCCUCUGCCGCCUCGGAGAGGGAUACCACGAUCGUCAACCACUCGAGGAACGGCAGCUACGGCGACUGCUCACUGGAGGCCCACAUGUGGCAGGAGGAGGAGGAGGUGGUGCAGGCCGCCAGGAGGUGUCAGGACAUGGAGUUCACGAUUAAAAAUCUCCAUGCCAAAAUCAUAGAGAAGGAUGCCAUGAUUAAGGUCCUUCAGCAGCGAUCCCGUAAAGAUGCCGGGAAGACGGACUCCUCCAGCCUGCGGCCUGCCCGCUCCGUCCCGUCCAUCGCUGCGGCCACCGGGUCACACUCCCGCCAGACCUCUCUUACCAGCAGCCAGUUAGCAGAGGAGAAGAAGGAAGAGAAGACCUGGAAGGGGAGUGUAGGGUUGCUGCUGGGGAAGGAGCACCACGAGCACGCCCCCGCCCCCAUGCUCCCCGUGUCCCCGGCUGCAGCGCUGUCCCCCACAGCCCCCAUCGCCUCGGCCAGCAGUGCACACGCCAAGACAGGCAGCAGAGACAGCAGCACGCAGACGGACAGGAGCGCGGAGCUCUUCUGGCCCAGCCGCGGCCGGCUGAGUGGGACCCCCUCCAACAGCCCCAUCCUAAAGCACCCGGCUGCCAAAGGGACUGUGGAGAAACCGGAGAACACGCCUGGCCACGGAAAGUCGCCUGACCACAAGGGCCGGGUAAGCAGCUUGCUCCACAAGGCUGAGUUCCCUGAUGGAGAGAUGAUGGAGGUUCUCAUCUAACGUGGGCAUCCUGUGGCACCUCAUAACGGGACAGUGACAAGCAAAUGAGGCACGUGGCAAAGAAGGCAAAGAAAGAUCAAGAAGGUUGCAGUUGGGCAAUCAGGAACAUUUGAACUGAUAAAGAUUUCAGAUUUGUGAGAACACUUUUUAUAAAUGCCAAAAAAUACAUCAGGAGACCUGCGUGACUAAAGGUGAAGAGAAUGCUAUGGAUUUUUAGCUCAUAUGGUAGGAGGGAGAAGAUGCAGAGAAGAAAUAGGAAAUGGAGUUUUUCAUUGUAGAGAAAAUACAUCUCUUGGGGAGGGUCUGUGUACAUUGCAUUCUCUGGUUAUAAACAGAUAAGCCUGAACAUGGGUCUUCCUUGUUUAAGAAGAAUCUCCCAGCAAUCUUGGAGACACUAUCUUGGCAUAACAUAACAGCACCUGUGCCGCCCACGGGGUGUCCUGGGAACAUGUGUACCUGUUGCAGUGAAAAGUGUGCAGGAGUGAUGGGCAAUUUAAGGCCAUCCUCACCUACUUACCUGCUUGCUUGGUUUGUAUUUGCAGAUUAUGUGGGUUCUUGGCUUUUCUGGAUUCACAGUAUUUUCUAAACAGGAUGGAGAUACUGUGAUCUUGAUGCUCAUCCUCCUUAGCUUCUCUGACUCCAUCUGUCUCUGCCUCCUUCUCUUUAAUUUUACUUUUCUGUAAAAUUUUCCUCCUUUUUAAUAAGACAGAAUUCCUUAGAUCUGGAAUGGAUUAGGGCAGUAUCCGAACUGUCGCUAUUCUCGCUGUGUUUAACAGUGAGCAGUGAGACAACGCCAUGUGCUGGCUUCGCGGCUGCUUCCUCCGCCUUUGAGCAGUUGGGCGGCAGCUGUUACUCUCGCCCUGGCUGUGAACUGGGUGAGCUGUGAUGAGGUGGAGGAUCCCAUGGCCACUGUGACAUCUGCAUCAAGGCCGUGGCCGUGGCUGCCUCCUUGCUCCCGUCAGCUCCCCGGCACAGCCUUGGCAUGUCCACCGCAUCACUCUUUUGGGAGAGUACUGUGAGGGCCGCACUCUGCCAGCGAAUGGCUUGGUGGCGUCCGGGCUCCUGGCACUGCUGUCAAGUGUCCGUGGCUCACGAGCACGUUCACCACUGUCCCCGCUCCCUCUCGCACUCCUCAGGUGGCUCUUGACAGGCACAUGUGUCAGCACAUCCGUUUUUCCCUGACGUCAACUUGCUUUAUAACCUAUCAGGCCAGUAUACUCACAGUGUGGUCGGGUGUUUUGAAGUUUUAGUUUGGGACAGGUUGUCCAAAAGAAGACAAAUGCCAUGUUUAAGAGGCAGGAGUGAGUGAGGUUGGGGCCUCCUGUCCCUGAAUGCGAUGCUUCACAUCUGGCUCCUCCGACAUUAGCUUUCUUUCCAAGCCUAGGAGGUGCUGGAUCAGAAGAGAGGAGAAGCUGAUCAGGCUGUCAGAUGCUCUUGCAGGGCCUGAAAUGUUCUCCCUCCGGGGCAGCCGGGUCCUUGCUGUCUCGGGUCCCUUUCCUCAUGCUAAGGGAAGGGAAAAAGCCCUGGGUCUGAGUCUUUUCAAGCCCCACCUCGAUGAAGCCCUGAUCACACCACCACUCGGAAGGCUUGCUUAGGUAGUUUAUUUUAGGGUUGGUGUUUGGAGGAUCACCUGGGUGGAGUUAGAGCCUCCCCAGACUGCGGUGGGGGAGGAUCACCGGUGGAGCAGGGGCGUGGGUGGGAGGGGGGCAAUGGCCUUGGCCUGGGGGCUCUGAGCCUCCAGUGUGACAGAGACGCAGGCCUGACUCCUCCCAGGCUCUGCUCUGUGGUGGGCAGUCAGCUUUGGGCUUGAUGCUCACUGCCUCCUGUGGUGCCUGCUGAGCUUCAAAGAGAGAACCUGCAGCCUGGGAAACUGGAGCCAUUCUGAGGGGUGAGCAGCCCACCUCAUGCCCUGGGGUGAGGGGAGAGCACGCAGGGUCAUUGGGGAAAGGGUGGGGGACAGGCGGAGGGAUCCUGAGCCACAUCUGUUCCCUUCACUUUUUAGGGGUGAUGAAGUUCAGCUGAUGGCAACUAAUUCUCAGGGACAUUUUGACCCCUGAUUAAUGGUGGUGGCGAACCAGGAAGGAAAAACAGUGUCUAGAGGGAAAAGGGCAAGUCAUAUUUGCCAGCCCCCCUAGGCAUGGGUAACAGCAAGGGCCACAGCCCAGUUUCCCUCCAGCCGCCCCUUUAUAAGCCAGCACACUGUGUGGGUGCUCAGGUCCCCCCCAGGCACCCUCCCAGACCCCUUUUAUGCCCCAACACACUGCGUGGGUGCUCAGGUCCCCCCCACGCACCCUCCCAGAUCCCCUUUAUGCCCCAGCACACUGCAUAGGCACUCAGGAACCAGGCCUCCUGCCCUUUGUGCUUCCCCUGAGUUGCCAGGUGCAAACACUGACGCUGCCAUUUUUCGGCUGUGCUGUGGUCUGUCUUCUCUAACCUGCUAAGGCUUUUCUGGGAUCUGUGGCUUUAUAAUACAUCUUUUCAUGGGAGAUUUCCUGCCAAGCCAGGGCACCUGCCACUUUUCACCUUCAUAGCUCUCUUGAAGCCUUGCUUGCUGCAGGGAAAGCAACUGCAAAUACUGAGUGCCUGGGCUUCAGCCCUGAAGCCCUAGAGUCGACUACAGACAUGAGGUAUAGAUGGACGUCUUCACGUGCCGCUAUAAGCAGGGCUACAAAAUCCAUUUAAAGAACGCUUGCUUGUAUGUUGUCAAGAGCCCUGGACCUCCUCACAGCUUCCCCGUGGUGCCUGCUUAUGGCCCUGGCGGUCAAGUGAAGGGUAAGCUGUGUGGCUUUGUGUGGGGGUGCUGCUUCCCCCUAAAGGUAUCCUGGCCAUUUCUGCUUGCUGCCCAGGGUACCAUGUGGAGUAGAGAUGCCACUGGAUUUCUGGCAACUAAUUUCAGAGCAUGUGGGACCUUUUCUUAGCACUUUCUUCUCUCAGCUUCUCUUCUCCUUCCCAGAGGCUAGUAGCCAAUGAGGGUGUUGAGUUCAGCUUGUUAGUAGCAGGCGAGCCAGGCAGGGCUGCCCCUCCCGUCCAGGGCUUUGGGUGGAAGGCAGAGUGGUAGGACCCUUCUGUCCUCAGUCUUGCAGGGCUUGCUCUCUGGGGCCCGUGUGUGAACUUGACUAUGUGGGGCUCGGUUUGGAUAUUGAGACAGCUGCCCCAAAUGAACUCUGAGCUGGGAACAGAGAACGCAGUGACCGUGUUGCUCAGGGGAGGGGCUGUGGGGAUGCCCCUGCAGAGCCAGCAUCGUCAGUCCUGGUGUUCUCCGGGACUUCAGCCACCUUCAGCCACCUGUACCCUCCUGAUGCUGAGUGCCAAUGGGAUGAGAGACGGUCCCCACUCAGCAGCCUUCUGAGUCCCCGAGACUGAUGUGAGCACAGAGGUCAGGGAGGAGGCUGGCUCCUGGGAGGCAGUGAAGGGUAGGUUGGGGGCUCAAAGGUUUGGAGGCAGACAGCUCACGCUGACUGCUGGGACCCCUGCUGAGCAAAGAGCUCUGUUUUCCACAGUCCUACUCUAUGUCUGCCCCGGAGCCGGGGGAGCUCGAAUGACCUUGCCACCCCCAAGCAGAGGAGAACCGCGGCCACAGUAAGUGGGAGCCCACGAAUGUUCCACAGAGAUAGGCGUCAAGUAGCCAGAGGAUCCAGCCCAUGAUUAGGUUCUUCACGUCCCCAGGCCAGCAGCAGUUAUAAAUGUUAGUUUUCUUCUUUUUUUCUUGAUAAUUCAUCAGUGUGUUUGAAGUGUCUUCAUUCAAUGUGAGGAAUGUUCACUGGGUUUGCCUCUGAUGUGUGGCUCCACGGGAGAGAGGUAAUUAAGAAGUUUCCAGAAGCUGAUCUUCUGGGAGUCUGUAAAGGUCAGCAUUUCAGGAAAUGGAUUUCUUCUGGAACUAAUGAGCAGUUUUUUUCUUUCUCCUUUUAGGUAGUAGUGUGUGCCCUAUUCUCAUUUAGUAAUUUAAUGGUAUAUAAAGACGUGUAUAUGUCAGUGCAUAUAGAUGAGGUCUGACUCCAAGACUGUGUGUUGAAUUCCUUUUCUUAGUAUCCAGAAGAUGGAAGUGCUUCAUCUCACCCCACCUUCCUUCAAAGGUGACUCUUUGGGAGACUCUGCACAGGUCGCUCCAUGCUGCCCAAGAGGACACGUUUUGUAAAUGCCUCUAUUCAAAUGGCCUUCGGGGCCUCUGCCAUGUUCCUUAGAUUAGCCUGAGAGAUGAGAAAUCUCCAUCCUUUGAGGAUGGAUUUAAGUUUGGAAAUAAUCCCAAGUCAUUUACUCAGUUGGAUAAAUAAAGAUAGGUUAUUAAGGUCACACCAUUUUAGCUUUAAAAAAAAAUCUCUAGAUGUUCCUUGGAAUGAGGCUUUGGACUCCAAGAGCCUCUCCGGGUGGCCGCUUCUAAGGAGGGCAGUAGUCAUGGACAUGCAACGUCUAGUGGAUUCAUUUUUAAAGAUCUUCUCUCUUGCCAUGCCUUGUCUGUGUUCACAGCUCUGCACAUCCCCAGCUGUAAGUGCGUAUUCAUUAGUGAAAACCUCCAGUAGCUAUUCUGUAAAACCCCAUUAUACUUCAGUGCAUGUUACUGUCAUGUUAUGCUAUGACUGAGGCAUUUGUCAUGGAACUUUGCUUCACAGAAUUAAAAUAUUGUCCUCAACAUAAUGAAGCACACGCACAGCAUUCUCUUGUAUCAGCUCCGCAGGUUUUGAUGCAGCAGUUUUGCCUAGCAUUCUGUUCACACACAGACACCUGUAAGUAUUUAUUACAAAACAGAACGUAAGCAGAUUUAGCCACAGUGGUUUUCUUUGAAUUAAGGUGUUUUCCCCUUUUGUGGAGGGUCUCACUCCAUGAGGCACUUUCAGAGUCUGUGAAAGAGGCAGGUGCAUGCACAGGCCUCGGCCAGCCCUGUGCCACCGCGCUGGCCGCCUGCCGGGUGGUCGUCCCUGUGCCCGGUGCCAGUUGUGCUGUGUUCUCGCCAGUGGACUGACUCUGCUGCAACGUUCGGGCAUCUUGGUCCUUCUGGCCUGUGUUGAAGUGGGGUGUGCAGAGCUGCACAGCCGGGUGGGUCUGUGAACAGAGUGAGGGAGAGUCCAAGAACAGCGUGAUCCCCAUGGCAAAUAUUGAUACUAAUGGUCAGCCAAAGAUUUUCCUAUUUCCUUUGCUGCUUAAACUUGUGCCUUAAUAUUGUAUAUAAUAAAUGGAUAAAAUGGC